CUGUCCCAGUGUUUUUGGUGCGAAGAGGAAAACCCCGUAUUGGCAAUGCAUUUGAAACUAAAAGCAUACUGCUUCGGUGUUCCGCUUUUUUACACCAUAUUGACCAUAAGUUUAUCUUCAUUAGGCUGGUGUGACCCCACAGCUCACUCCCCCCAACCAACCUCCCAUUCUGCUCCUUCUAAUGUCCGGAGCAGCGUUAUAGCGACGGCGACAGUCCCCGCCGACCCCUUCACAAGUGCGCACAGACGCCGGUCACGCUUCAGCGGCGCAUGGCCCGGAAACCUUGGAAAGGGCGACCUGACAACGACGAAGUUCUUCGGAACCGGGUCUGAGCAGGUGAUGGGACCCAGAGUGGCGUCUUCAUCAGGUGUAACACCCCGCUACAAACGGAGUCAAUCGGAGAGAGAGAGGCCGUCUACUUCGCUCAAGCCUCCGGGUGAGAACUGCAGCAGAGGAACCAUCAGACUCGUAGUCCCCGGGAAGUUUUAUGUCACCGGUCAGCUGGAAGCAAAACACCGACAUGGAGGCUAUCUGUCAGAUUCUGCUGCUACAGACCAGACUCUGGAAAGCCAGGCGAGCAGCGUUGGUCAGCAUGAUGGCAGCUCUGAGGAGAGCUGGCAGAAGCUGGAGCCUUUGGUGGAGUGUGGCGAUGAUGCCAUGACCUUGACUGUCAGGAGGAAAAGAGCCAUACAGUUACUAAUGCACCAAGUGAAUGGCUCAUCAAUGCCCCUGGUCCAACUACCUCAACAGUGUGGUUACUCGGUUCAAGGCUCAUUGAAAUACCUCAUUCUGAUGGCUCGGUACGAUGCCUGUCAUGUCAUUCAAGAGGAUGAUGGCUAUGUGUUACCUCUGCUGUGGAGGGGGACUGCUGUCAAGGUUUCAUGCCCGGUCUCUCAGCUCAAUCCUCCAGAUGAGGGGCCAUCUGCCCUCUGCUGUUCCCCAAACGGGAUGACGGUUAAGCUGCGAGGACUGACUGCGAUGACGAACCCACAUAUAAAUGUGAGGGAAGAAUGGACUCCUUUGGAGCUGUUGGCUGAACAAUGUGGUUACACUUGGGACAGACAAGGUGCAGAGACGGUCAUCACUAUCCCAUUCGUUACUUGUGGUACAAUGGUAAAGGAUGGACAAAAAAUGCUUCUGUUUAAAAUGGGAAAGGAGAUCUUCAUGUUGGCUUGUCCUAACCCUGCUGUUGAAGUACUCCCAGCCACCCAUGACCUACUGGCUGACGGUCCUCCUGAUUUCACCAGAAAGCAGACAAAACCAAAGCUUCAAUCCCCGGGGCCUUUAUUGUUUAUACCACCUUUCUACUUGGCUCCACCUUACUAUCCUCACCCAACACAUCACUACAGUAAUUCUCAAAAUAAAGAACAGGACUCAUACAACCCUCCUACUCCUCACUCUUUGGCUCCCCAGGCAGACCUUCGUUCUCAGCUAAACACUAAAGACCAUUACUACCAACAUCUUUUUCUUAAAGAUGCGUAUGAACUCUUCAUGACCCAAAAGCCUCUUUCAUCUGAAGAUCAGUUGGACAGUUCAGGGUCAAUAAAUCAAAAACCAAAUCAAGUAACUCCUCCCUUAGAUCUCCCAAAGAGCAGGAUCACUCCUACAGACCAGCCAGUUCAGAUUAAAGCUCCUCAUUUCCAGCAUCCAAGCCACGAUUUUAGCUCGUAUUACCAUUACUACCAUCACCCUAAAAUCCCUCUUCCUGGCACACCUCAGAGCCCAGGUCCAAGUGUUCCUGGAUCACAAACAUCUCCUGAUUCUCAUAACCAUCGACUUCCAUCCAUUCUGCCUGACAUCCAGCCGUCUGGUCUCAAAGAAGGCACAAACCAGAUUUCUCUGCCUGCAACCACUCAAACAGGUUACAAAGUGACAUCGGUUCAUUCGCCUCACCUUCCUCAGCUUUUUCCGUACCAUGCUUACUACUACCCUCAUGUCACGAUGGAUAAGGCCAAAAGACGGGGGCUUUUCCAUUUAGACUGGGCUGCAAAACCAGCCUCAUCCUCUCCUCCACCUUUUUCAACUGUACCGUCAAAUCACGAAAAACAAAGUUUUAAUCCCCACAAAAAUGCACCUGAUGGAAAGGCUGACGUUCUGCCCAGUUUGAAGUCAAAGCUACAGGACGAAGACGGCGACAAAGGCUCUGCCUCUGUGACGCCUGCAGUUCAGUCUCCAGCCCCACAAAGACCAGAUCCUGUCAUUGUUCCUCCUGACAAACCCGUUUUCCCCACUCCAGGAUUUAUGUAUAAUGCAGAUCCCUACAAGUACUACUACCAUCCUUAUUUUAACUACUACCUAAAAUAUUAUGCUCCAGAAGCUUUACGUGGAGUACACAGCCAUCUGGGUCAAACUUCAUCACAGUCCUCUUCAGUUCAACCUUCCCACUUCAAAUAUCAAACCAGCUCUCCUCCCUCUGAGCCAGCGUAUGGCAUUUAUAAUGGACUGAUGUUCCCCUACUAUUAUUAUUUGCCUCAGCUGUUCAGAUACUACCAUGAGCUAAACCGUCAAGGCAGUAAAGACUCGGAUAAAGACCCUACAUCUCUGCUUUCCUCAAACAUGGAUUACAGUGACUCACAGAGGUCUCCUCGUGCUUCUGAGGGGCAUCAAUCCAAGGCCCCUCAAUCACUGUCCAACACCUUUAAUCGGGCUCGCGCCAACUAUAUUGCUUGGCAGCGCAGUGGACAUGGGGCUAAGGAGAAACUGGAUGCUUACACGAGAGAGGCCCCACCUGCUCCUUCCUCUGAGGACAGGAAGGUUUCCUGCAUGCUGCAGAAGCUUUCCACAGAUCCAGACCUCUACAUUGUUCCCUUGGAUGACUGCCCUGUAAACAAACGUAUACCUGGUCAGAACAUGGUUCAUCAGCUGGAACUCCAAGGUAUCCUGUCAGCCAGAGACGGAGGUCAUUUCCCUGUGAGGUUGAUGGUAGGAUGCAGCUUCCCCUCAAAUUCACCAGGUGAAGUCAGGUUCCACAAGACUGAUCAGUCUCAUCUGCUCUCCACUGAGCCAAAGCCAUCUGUUCCUACUGUGGCAAUGAGAAUUGCAACAGAUGCGUCCUUUGCCAGAUUCUACCCUACAGCUCACCUGCCCAUUAGCCUCAUGCAGGGUAAACCUGUUCAUGUGGAGCUGAGACUGCUGGAACCCACAGAGUCCACCCUGGUGCUUCUGGUUCACUCCUGCCUGGCUUAUACUUUAACUCCAGAUGUCAACUGGAUGCUUGUUUAUGACAGAUGUAACAGCCAGAGUGUUUCGCAGCAGCUUCCUUCCCCAGACCCUCUGCACAUCUGGAGGCUUAAAGUUUCCAGCUUCCCUUCCCUGCCUCCAGCACGGCACACCUCCAUGGCUCAUGGAGUGCCGACUGUACCGGAGGAUCCAGAGGUUUACUUUUUAUGCCAUACAGAGCUGUGCUCAACUGUUUAUGGUGAGUGUGGCGUGAGCUGCAACAAAGAUCCCAACACUGAUGUGAAGCAAUGAAAUAAAGACUUUUACACAUCUGCAACUUGUUAUUUGUU